GUAGAAGGGGACAACAGUUAUGAAAUUCAACUAGCAAUUUCUCACAUACUUUGUAUAUUUAUGAAUAUGUAUUAGAAUAUGAAGGACUGUGUGAUCGAAGGACUCUGUGAGUUAAGCCUGUGCAAGUGGUUUGAGGGAGUGUUUCAAUAAAUAGUCGUCAUUUCCCUAUUGUGACAGAUAGAAACUGUGGGUAUGUAAGAGUGGAGGAUUAAAAACAGAGCAAAGCUGUUACUGCAUAUCUGGGAGUCAAGAAAACAUUUUGACUUACCACAAACAGCCAAACUGAAAGAAGACCCUUGGAAGAGUCUUAGAGAGGCCACCAUGAUCCCCCCAUUCCUGGCCCUGUUCUGUGUAGGGCUCUGUGCUGGCCAAGGAGACAUAAGAAGACAUGAGUCACUUCCCAGGCCCUCCAUCAGUGCCUGGCCCAGCUCGGUGGUUCCUGCCAACAGUACAGUGACGCUGCGAUGCUCAGCUCCUACCAGGGAUGGAAACUUUGCUCUCAGAAAGAACGGAUUUCCUCAGGGCUUCGUGCCAUCUCCUGAUUCCCCAGAGGGCCUGGCUGAAUUUCACCUCGCUGAUUUAAAAAACAGUAAUGCUGGAGAGUACACCUGUGAAUACUACCGAAGAGAGAGCCCCCACAUAAGGUCACCACCCAGUGAUGCCCUUUUGCUACUGGUGACAGGGAAUUUCCCUAAACCUCUCCUCCAACCCCACCAAAGGGGUAAGGUGACUGCAGGAGGAAAGGUGACCCUGCAGUGCCAGAGGCCAGAGCAUUUGACUGAAUCUAUAAUGUUUGCUCUACUGAAGAAGGGAACUUCAACUCCCAUACAGAUCCAGAAUCCAGUAGGAAAGGAGACAGACUUCUCCCUUCAGAAUGUGGCAGUUGAUGACACUGGGGACUACAGCUGUGUGUACUUCCAGGGAAAGCCUCCUUUCUGGGCCUCAGAGCCCAGUAACCACCUUGCGAUCUGGGUGACAGCCAGGGAUUCUCUUCUAGAAGACACCGAAUCUUCCAACAGAGCAGAAACAACACUAGGGACCACUGAAAUCAUCCUCAUCAUCAUCUUCACCUUACUCUUCCUCCUCGCAGCCUUCCUCAUCUACAGAUACUCCAAUUGUGGGGCAGCUCUUGACAAGAUGACUAAAAGAUGUGUCUCCAGCUGUAAAGAGCUGCUCUCUUGCUCUGCUCCUGGCAGUAACCAACCUGCUUCCUGGCCCAGUGGAUUGACUGGAUGUUUCCUGCCAACACUUACUUUGGAGGAAGGAACUCAGGGGUCAAGAGCUGAAGAACCUCACGGAGUGACAUAUGCUGAGCUGAACACCAGAGCCCUGAGUGAGGGCCCUUCCAGCCAGGAGAAGCAGCCUCUGGAGACCUGUGUGUACUCAGCCCUUAAGAUGUAGCCAGGAGGAGGUCUGCAACCAGGAAGAACCUCCGACAAGGGAGUGGGUAUGGGGCCUCCCGCUAGGGGGAUGAGGCAAAUGAGGAUCGCUGACCUCAAAUCUCCAAUUUAGACUUGAUUCCUUCUUCUAAAAACUUGUUGUUUUAAAGUGAGAAGUAUCAUUUACAUAAAGUGAUAUGCAAAUGAGAGGACUCAGAAUGGCUGCUUGAUCAUGCCGGGAAGACCAACUGUGUGAUUGGAGAGUUGGGGAUUAGAGCCAGGUGCUAUCAGCCUGACCUCUAGGGAAGAGAGGAAGGCUGGAGAUUGACUCAAUCACAUGAGCAAUGAGUCAAUCAACCGCACCUGUGUGAUGACUGUGACUACAUCCCAAUGAAAACCCUGGACACUGAGGCUGGGGGAGCUUUCUGGUUGGUGACACACCUUGAUGUACUUGGAGGGUGACAUACUCUGAGAAUAUAGGAAACUUUGCUUUGGGGAGCCUUCCAGACCUUACCCUAUGUGUCUCUUCAUUUAGCUGGUCUUGAUUUGUAUCCUUUAUAAUAAACU